UAACAAAAACAAAAAGCAAACGAAACUUGAUAAAAUAUUACGCAAAAAUAUUUGAUGUAGGAAUUAAUUAUUCAAGUGAUACUUCAGUGACCUCCAAAAGCAUCGCUGCCUAUGAUCGAUUUAUAUUUGAAAUAAAUCAUAAAAGUCGGAUCGAAAAAGGUGUGAUACUGAAAUUUGAUAAAGACUGGAGAGAUAAUCGUGAUCCAGACUUACCCAAGAAGGCCGCAAAGCACAUUUCAGAUCAUUAUCCUAUAGAGUUCGAUUUGAGAUUAAUAUAA